AUGGUGCCUCCCUCCGCCAUUCUCCUCGCUCGCGCAACGUCUGACGCCCUCGGGGGCGGCCCGUCUCCGCCGGAGUCUCUGCGCACCGACAGGGCGGCGCUGGCUGGGAUCGCAUUCGCGGGGGUCUUGGUGAUUGGGUGCGGGAUAUGGCUGGCGAUUUACUUCUUCAGGAGGCGGGGAAGGACCAGGCGGGAGAGGGAAACGAUAGUGGAGGACAGAAAGCGCAUAGCGAGGAAGUCCUUGCUCAUCCAGGCCGAGGAAAAGGCAGAUGUGCUGGAAAGCCCCGCCCCACGGCCGAGGGAGGUGUCGAAGUCCAAGGCCCGACCGCCGCAGUCCGUCCAGGAGGCCCCGCGCUCGCUCUCGAGCCGGCCGGGCAGCAGCUCGCGGCCCGUGUCCUUCGUCUCGCGCAGCAGCCCGCUGCGGAACAGCGUCAACUCCGGCACGUCCUCGCACUCCGCGUCGGCGUCCAUGUUCGAGGAGGGCCAGAUGCGGCGGGUGCACCAGGUCUUCCUGCGCGCGCUCCCGGACGAGCUCAUCGUCACGCGCGGCGAGCACCUCGCGAUCGUGCAGGGGUUCGACGACGGCUGGUGCGUGGUCGGGCGCGAGAGCCGCGGGCGCCGGGGCGACGUUGAGUUUGGGGCGGUGCCGGCGUGGGUGUUCGUCCGAUCGGAGGAGGGCGUGCGCCCGACGCGCCCUGGAGGGCAGGGACUGUAUCUGGAUAUUCACUGUUACAUCAUUCAUCGCUUGUCGUUGUGGACCAGCGCGGAGGCUCUGUCUAUCACCACGUCGACGCGAAACCCCUUGCCAGGCAGGGUGCUCCUCCAGUACAUCUUUCGGAAUCCCAUACCCCAGCUAGAAUCUACUAGUUGUGACAAAGUCUGGGCGUACCGUGACCUUCGUUCCAUUGAGGUCUUCAUAACGCCCUCAGUGAAAGGGCAGAAUUAUACGAUGCCACCCGUCGAGCUUCCCAUCGAGAUCGAGGAACGUAUCCUCGAUCUCCUCUGUGGCGAUCCCGUCACCCUCAGAGCGUGCUGCCUCGUCUGCUCCGCGUGGGUUCCGACGGCGCGUCUCCAUCUCUUUAAAGUCGUCGAGCUGCGCCGCAGAACGUCUAUCAUACGCUUUCUGAGCACCCUCGAUUCGACCUUGGAUGCUCCUGGCCGUAUAGGUGUGGGCAAUCUGGUCCGAGAGCUGCACCUACCCAGCUUCCCCCUCCGUUUCACACGCAGAAAGGGUGUACGUCACUACCACCUGCUAUGCGAAAUAGCCCGCCGGCUCCCCAACGUCGAGUCUCUGGACAUGCCCUUCUUCGAUUGGUACAACUUCGUGCAGCUGGUUUGCCCAGGCGCCGCUGAAUGUAACCUGCGGGAUGCGAUCGCCUCCGUCUUUCCCUUUCACCGCUUGAAGUCGCUCUCCCUAGAGCACGUCACCUUUGGUACAGGCGAUGAGGCCCUACACCUCGUUGCCGCUUUUCCCUCCCUGGAGACUCUGAAGAUUAUUCAGCCGGAAGUCGGGGAGAUAGCCCUCGACGCCGCCACCCUUCCUAUCAGCAGCCCUCGUGAUGGAGGACACUGCAUUCCUCUACAAGAGCUUUAUCUAGAGAGGCGUGUCAUGCAUCACUCUAUCGUACACGAGAUGUUAGAGGGCUUGCUACGGGCACCAUUCGAGCUACCGCUCAGAAGACUGGAAUGGUGGUCUUUCGGACCGGAAACGGAACAGCUUAUCCAAGAGUGGACAACAUUAUCUGAAAUCUUUAGGAGAGCUGCGGAGACGCUCGAGGAGUAUGUCUUCCAUGCUGCACAUGAUGGAUGGCUUUCGAAGACCGACAUCUCCCGUCAUCGCUCGCUGGAGGUGCUCACCUUGGCGUUUGUUUUUGCUUCACAUAACGCGAAUUGCUGGCCCUCUAUCCCGAUGUUCAUCUCGAAAAUCAACUCACGCGACAUGCGUGAAGUGAAACUUCAGUUUGACGUCGUCUAUGGUCGCUUUCACUGGGAAUUCAUUGACUGGAAUGAGAUGUCCGACGCCCUGCUAUCCUUGCACGAGAAGUACCCAACAAUGAAGAUCUCAUUCUCAUUUCGGACACUCCUGGAACGCGAUGAACAAGGCCCGCAUUUGGCUGCUGGAGACCUUUCGUCCAUACCUCCUCACGAAUAUACUAGUGACUGCCAUCUACUCAGUUGGGACGUGACCGCCAGCACCGUCGCGGUAUUUUCUCCUGCCUCACAGUCCAUCAUGGAUCAGUUAGUAUUGACGGAGCCAAGGAGCAACGUUUGUCUCGUGUCAAAUAACACGUUCUCGGGUCCCUUCGCAGUCGGUAUCCCACGAUACGAUAGCGUUCGACUGUUCUUGAACGACUUCGCUGCCCAAGCGUUCACAGGACCUGUCACGGACAUGUCACGUGUUUCCGCUGCUGUGCCCGUCACACGUUGCUCCUUCGCAUCCAUCGCGCGGUCGUCCAUCUGUCCCCCCGCUGUUCCCAACGACGAGGCCGCAAGCGAGUCCGGGCGACUCUUUCGCAGUCCUUUCGCAGCGAUGCAUAUCAAGAAACAUGCCAAGAGGCAAGAAGAUGCGGAGACAGCUCUUCCAACCAUAGCAGGUUUCUCUGGCGUCGCGUCAGCAGCGACUGCCUUGGCCAGCACCUCCCUUAUCCUCAACACCGACGCCGCGGGCUCAGUGACGAGUGAAACCGUACACUACUCCAUAGCCGCCAAUGGCGGCAUCACUCUCACGUCUACGGUAUCCCAUUCGCCCACUUCGCAAGCUAGCUCGACAGCAACAUCAUCGGCUACCUCUGCCGCCGCGUCUUCGCAUAAUUCUGACAUAUCUAUCGGUGCUGUGGUGGGCAUUUGCGUCGGCGCUUUCGCAGGUCUCGCUCUGCUGCUGUUCGCUUUCUACCUCUAUUCGAAGCGCUCGAUCAAGAAGGAGCAGAAGAACCGGGCAGGUCGGUGGGACAAGUUGGCCGAGGGCGGAGACAGAUGGGAAGGGUCGUCACCAACGUCGCCAGGCGAGCGGGAGUUGCAGGAGAAGAAUUCGCAGAUGUUCAAAAAGUCCUCUCCCAGCAUGCGUACCACGCGCACCAAGGCCCUCGACGACGACCAAGGCGGGUUCAGUCUUCCGCCCCUCGAAUUUGCGAAGUAUCAUCCUGGCCUUGCCAAGGAGCUUGCUCUCGAGCAGCCCUCUCGUCCAUAUGCUGCACAUCGCGGUGAGAGCGGGGUCUCGUGGGACGGAUCAACGGUCCACGAGGACUCCUUCCUGGAGAUGCGUUCCGUGCGUGUAGAGUCCGGUGCGGUGUCACCGACGUUGGGUUUUGCCAAGAUGACCCCUGUUGCGGAGGCGACCACCAUUCACCAGUGGGAGUCCGCUGAGGUGUUGACCAUGGGCGACGAGAUCAUCGACAGCCCGACGGAGGUGCAGAACCCCUUCAACGAUGUCUCGGAGCAGCGUCGGAGCGUCGCAAACCCCUUCUUCAACGCCCAGGAGCUGCAGCGUCGCCCUACGCGCAGUCGCAGCAAUAGCCUCAACUACAGUCGGAGGAGCCGGGCGCACAGCAUCGGUGAAUCGACGGCCGCCAGCCGUGCAGCCAGCAUUCGCAAGUCCGAGCGCGUCUCUAAUCCGUUCGCCGACAUCCAAGAGGUCCCAGUCUACCGCGUGGCACCGCCUGACGCCUUCAGUCACAGCCAUAUGGACUCUGUCGCGAGCGGAAACAGCGUGAAUGUGUUCGGUGCUCAUGCGAUGAAGUCGCUGAUCGCAGCGCUUGACCUGCGGCCGGAGGAGAUCGAGGAGCGUCUCCGCGUUUUGUCGAUGGACGGCUCGACCGCGUCGCGCAUGUCGACUCUCAGUGGACAGGACGAUGACGCCGACAUUGCUACUGUUCGUUCAUUCCCCAUGCCACCUCCUGCCGUCCACAUCCAGCCGUAG